AGGAUUCCCCUUUCUCCAGUUUCCUCUUCGCAGUACCAUCGGCUGCCUGCGAGAUUCCCCUCCCUCCUCCACCCGCUCCACUCCAACCUCGCCGCUCUCCCGCCCCGCCCCCCCUCCUCUCGGGAAGAUGGCCGCGGCGGCGCUGGCGAACGGGGACGUGCGCGCCGGCGGCGGCGGCGCGGUGCCGCGGCCGACGAACCCGAUGGUCACGCCCCUGCUCACCGACCUCUACCAGUUCUCCAUGGCCUACGCCUACUGGAAGGCCGGCAAGCACCUCGACCGCGCCGUCUUUGAUCUUUACUUCCGGAAGAGCCCCUUUGCUGGUGAGUUCACCGUCUUUGGCGGCCUUGAAGAGUGUAUACGGUUUAUUGCCAACUUCAAAUUCAAAGAAGAGGAAAUCAAUUUUCUGCGGACUGCACUGCCUACAUGUGAGGAUGGCUUCUUUGAGUACCUCAGUUCGAUUGACUGCUCAGAUGUUGAGGUUUAUGCCAUCCCUGAGGGUUCUGCUGUGUUUCCUAAGGUUCCACUGAUGAUAAUCGAAGGACCUGUUGCGGUUGUCCAACUUCUUGAAACUCCAUUUUUAAGUCUGGUGAACUAUGCUUCGUUGGUUACUACAAAUGCUGCAAGGCACCGCCUUGUAGCAGGGAAGCCAAAGAAUUUACUUGAAUUUGGACUUCGACGGGCUCAAGGGCCAGAUGGAGGAAUCAGUGCAUCAAGAUAUUCUUAUAUGGGAGGAUUUGAUGCAACAAGCAAUGUUGCAGCAGGAAGGUUGUUUGGGAUACCAAUACGUGGGACUCACUCACAUGCAUUUGUGAGCUCUUUCCUGGGUCUUGAUGAAAUCAUUGACAAAGCACUGUCUAGCUCUGAUGGUUCGAACAAAUGUGAAGACUUUGUCUCUCUAGUGGAGAAUUGGCUGGUUAAGAUUCAGGGUGCUAGUUCAUUGCGUGGUUCCUUUGGCGAAACAAAUCAAAGUGAGUUGGCUGCAUUCACGUCAUAUGCACUGGCAUUUCCAAACUCCUUCCUGGCCCUGGUGGACACAUACGAUGUCAUGAGAAGCGGAGUGCCAAACUUCUGCGCUGUUGCUUUAGCCCUCAAUGAUAUGGGGUAUAAGGCAGUUGGAAUUAGGUUAGACUCUGGUGAUUUAGCAUAUCUGUCUAUUGAGACACGCAAGUUCUUCUGUGCAAUUGAAAAAGAAUUUGGGGUUGUUGGCUUUGGAAAAACAAAUAUUACAGCAAGCAAUGAUCUCAAUGAAGAAACAAUUGAUGCAUUGAACAAGCAGGGCCAUGAGGUAGACUCAUUUGGCAUUGGCACCUACCUAGUUACCUGCUACGCACAAGCAGCACUUGGUUGUGUAUUCAAGUUAGUUGAAAUUAACAAACAGCCUCGUAUUAAACUCUCUGAAGACGUCACAAAGGUAUCGAUACCAUGUAAAAAACGAUGCUACAGAUUGUAUGGAAAAGAAGGUUAUCCUUUAGUUGAUAUAAUGACCGGACAAGACGAGCCAAGUCCAAAGGUUGGUGAGAGGAUUCUGUGUCGUCACCCUUUCAUCGAGUCAAAGAGAGCUCAUGUUGUUCCACAGCAUGUUGAGGAGUUGUUGAAGUGCUACUGGCCUGGAAAUUCAUUUGAAAAGGACAUUGAUGCCAAUCUUUAUCCUCUUGUCAAUGCCGAAGCCGUACAAAGGGAGGAGCUGCCAUCCCUCAAUGAGAACAGGAGUCGGUGCAUGCGUCAGCUGGAACGGAUGAGGCCGGACCAUCUGAGGAAGUUAAACCCAACACCAUACAAGGUGAGCGUGAGCGCCCAGCUCUACGAUUUCAUCCAUUUCCUGUGGCUCAACGAAGCUCCAGUCGGCGAACUGCGAUGAAGAAAGAUGACAACGGGAGCAUCCAGCACGGAUCGAAUCCCGAUAGCCUGUAUUUGUUUUUCAAGAAUAAUGCGUGUGUAUCUUCCACGAUGCACUGUAAGGUGUUCAUGUCGAAAGGACACGGCCUCAACAUAUAUAGUGCUCAGGUUCUCAACAAGCAUCACACCAGAGUAUGCACUAUCGACUUAACAGAGUACCAUGCUGUUGUGCUCUGAAAAAAAAUAUUCUCUUGCAAGGAUAUGAAAAAAUAAUGGUGAGGCUGAGGUGAAAUAUGGAAACUAUCUUUGCCUCACUUUCUAUGAA